CUGCCACCAUGCCCGACUCGCCGGCCGACGUCAAGACACAGCCCAGGUCCACGCCGCCCAACAUGCCCCCGCCGCCGCCCGCCGUCACCCAGGGAGCCACGCGCCACCCCUCCUUCACACCAAGCACCAAUCGAGACGCUGGCCCUCCGACGUUUCUGCCUCGCGGCCGUUUUCAUGGUUGCUUGAAAUGGUCGAUGGUCUGUCUUUUGAUGAACGGGAGCAGCCACUCGCCAACUGCCAUCAAUGCGACCCCCUCCACCCCCAACGGGUUCAGCAACGGGCCGGCCACCUCCUCCACCGCCUCCCUCUCCACCCACCAGCUCCCACCAGCCUGUGGGGCCCGGCAGCUCUCCAAGCUCAAGCGCUUCCUCACCACCCUGCAGCAGUUCGGCAACGACAUCUCCCCCGAGAUCGGGGAGCGGGUGCGAACCCUCGUCCUGGGGCUCGUGAAUUCCACCCUCACCAUUGAGGAAUUUCAUGCCAAGCUCCAGGAGGCUACCAACUUCCCACUGCGACCCUUCGUCAUCCCCUUCCUCAAGGCCAACCUGCCCCUGCUGCAGCGGGAGCUGCUGCACUGUGCCCGCAUGGCCAAGCAGAGCCCGGCCCAGUACCUGGCCCAGCACGAGCAGCUGCUGCUGGAUGCCAACGCCUCCUCCCCCAUGGACUCCUCCGAGCUGCUCCUGGAGGUGGGAGAGAGCGGCAAGAGGAGGACACCAGACAGGACCAAAGAGAACGGUUUGGACCGAGACCCUCUGCACCCCGAGCACCUCAGCAAGCGCCCGUGCACCAUGAGCCCGGCGCAGCGUUACAGCCCCAGCAACGGGCUGAGCCACCCCCCCAACGGGCUGGGCCACCCCUCGACUGGUCCCCCCUUGCCCCAGCACUACCGCCUGGAGGACAUGGCCAUGGCACACCACUACCGCGACGCCUACCGGCACCCCGACCCCCGGGAGCUCCGCGAGCGCCAGCGGCCUGCGGUGCACGGGACACGGCAGGAGGAGGUGAUCGACCACCGGCUCACCGACCGGGAGUGGGCGGAGGAGUGGAAACACCUCAACAAUCUGCUGAACUGCAUCAUGGACAUGGUGGAGAAGACGCGCCGGUCGCUGACGGUGCUGCGGCGGUGCCAGGAAGCCGAUCGCGAGGAGCUCAACCACUGGAUCCGGCGCUACAGCGAUGCUGAGGACAUGAAGAAAGGCAGCCCCCCCUCUGCCCGCCCCCCCAGCAGCUCCUCUGCCCCCGAGGCACCCCAGUUAGACGCUCACCGGGAAUUUGCACCGCGGCCCCUCUCCGGGUACAUGCCAGAGGAGAUCUGGAGGAAGGCUGAAGAAGCCGUGAACGAGGUGAAGCGCCAGGCCAUGUCGGAGCUGCAGAAGGCCGUGUCGGACGCCGAGCGGAAAGCCCACGAGCUGAUCACGACGGAGAGAGCCAAGAUGGAGCGAGCCCUGGCCGAGGCCAAGCGCCAGGCCUCGGAGGACGCCCUGACCGUCAUCAACCAGCAGGAGGACUCGAGCGAGAGCUGCUGGAACUGCGGGCGCAAGGCGAGCGAGACCUGCAGCGGCUGCAACACCGCCCGCUACUGCGGCUCCUUCUGCCAGCACAAGGAUUGGGAGAAGCACCACCACGUCUGCGGGCAGACUCUGCAGGGGCUGCCAGCCCCCACCACCCCCACCGUGGGGCUGCCACCGGCUCCGGGGCAACCCGACGGGGUGGCCACCAUUGCCAGCAGCCCCAGCGAGACGGGCUCGGCAGCCGCUUCCCGCGCCGGCACGCCAGGCACCCCGGCUCUGCUGGAGAGCGCGUCCCGCUGAGCCACCCUGGGGAUGCCGCCGCUGCCACCACGCUCC